CAGAUGUUCAGCAGAUGGUGCUGAUUAAAGAAGCAGCUUCUGAAGUACAGAUGCUUGGUGUGGACCAACAGGAUCCAGAUACCCUCAACAUAAAGGAGGAAGAGGAGGAACUGUGGACCAGUCAAGAGGGAGACCAGUUUUAUGUGAAAAAUGAGACGGAUGACAUCGGGUUUGCAUUCACUGCUGCUCCUUUGAAGAGUGAGGAAGAUGAAGAGGGACCUCUGUUUUUACAGCUUCAUCAGCACCAAGUAAAAGAGGAAGAUCUCCCAACCAGCAGCUCAGUUGAUGAGAUGAAAGCAGCAACUGGUGGAGAGGACUGUGGAGGAUUAGAGACUGUCAGGAACCCAAAUCUAAAUACUUAUGGAGAUGAUUGCAGCUCUUCAGAGACUGAAGUCAGUGAGGAAGAGGAUGAAGGUGAUGGUGGUGAUGAUGAUGAUGAUGAUGAUAUAAAUGACUCUGAAUCUCAGCUAAAAGACUUAUCAGACUAUGGAUCAGAACCUGAAGAUGAUGACAAAGACUGGAAGGAGAGCAGAGCUCCUGAAUCAGGUGUACACACUGUCAAGAAGUCUUGCAGCUUCAGUGAGCACGAGAAACAGUUUCACAAGACAAGUCAGUCAUUGAUGUCUUCAAAUUGUUUGGUUAUGAAGGAAUGUUUUGAAGUUAAGAAAACUGGAGACUCAAUCAAGAAAAAACAAUCAAGACAGAACUCAUUUAGUUGUGAAGACUGUGGAAAAAAUUUUAACAGAAAAGGUAAUCUAAAGGCACACAUGAUAGUUCACACAGGACAGAAACCAUUUGCUUGUGAUCUUUGUGGACAAAUGUUUGGACAUAAGUCAACUUUAAACAGACACAUGAUAGUUCACACAGGACAGAAAGCAUUUGCUUGUGAUGUUUGUGGACAAAGAUUUGGACAUAAGACAACUUUAAACAUACACAUGAUAGUCCAUACAGGACAGAAAGCAUUUGCUUGUGAUGUUUGUGGACAAAGGUUUGGGCAUAAGUCACAUUUAAACACACACUUGAUAGUCCACACAGGACAGAAACCAUUUGCUUGUGAUGUUUGUGGACAAAGGUUUGGACAGAAGUCACAUUUAAACACGCACAUGAUAGUCCACACAGGACAGAAACCAUUUGCUUGUGAUGUUUGUGGACAAAGGUUUGGACAAAAGUCAACUUUAAACACUCACAUGAUAGUCCACACAGGACAGAAAGCAUUUGCUUGUGAUUUUUGUGGACGAAGGUUUGGACGGAAGUCACAUUUAGACAGACACAUAAUAGUCCAUACAGGAGAGAAACCAUUUGCUUGUUAUCUUUGUAGACAAAGGUUUGGACAUAAGUCAACUUUAAACACACACAUGAUAGUCCACACAGGACAGAAACAAUUUCCUUGUGAUCUUUGUGGACACAGGUUUAGCGACAAAUCAUAUUUAAACAGACACGUGAUUGUCCAUACAGGACAGAAAGCAUUUGCUUGUGAUGUUUGUGGACAAAGGUUUGGACUGAAGUCAACUUUAAACACACACAUGAUAGCUGUGGUCUGGCUACUGCAGCAGGUUCUUGGCUGGCUGCUACAGGUUCUGGACAACAUGCAGACUCUGGUCGGGCUGCAGGUUCCGGACAACAUGCAGACUCUGGUCAGGCUGCAGGUUCCGGACAACAUGCAGACUCUGGUCGGGCUGCAGACUCUGGUCGGGCUGCAGGUUCCGGACAACAUGCAGUCUCUGGUCGGGCUGCAGGUUCCGGACUACCUGCAGACUCUGGUCGGGCUGCAAGUUCCGGACUACCUGCAGACUCUGGUCGGGCUGCAGAUUCCAGACUACCUGCAGACUCUGGUUCUGGCUGAGGAGAGCAGGCUGGAGGCUGGGACCAGGAGGAGGCGGAACCAAAAAACUCAGCCUCGCUGGGCCGAGUGCGAGGAGCUGGACUUGCAGGUGAUGUGGGCGGAAGAGCAGCAGACCGGGGCGUACCAGAGUUCGUCCUCUGACUCGGCGUCCUCCCCCAACGUCCACCCAGAGGAGACUGUAGGAGAGGCGAAGGCAGAACUUAAACUGCCUGGCCGCGGCUUCCCAGGACGGGUCUAG